CACCCAUUAACAUUUACACAAAAUUUUAAAAUUGUGUUAAGAAAACCGGUUUCUCUUUUCUUUCUUUUUUUCCCUUUAGUUUUCAAUUCAUUUUGAAGCUUGUGUUUUGUCUUGUUAGUUGGUUUCUUGAUUAUUGCUUUUGUUUCCUUGGGUAGAGAGGAUUCUGUCAUUAUGUUAAUUUGCUGAAGGGUGUUGCCUUUAGGUUUGGCUAUUAGUUGUUGAUGUCUUUGUGAGUUUGGGUUCGUUGAAGGCAAAUUUAAGAGAUGGGAUUGGAUAAAGAUAAAGAUGGUGAAGAGGAAGUUCAUAAAACAGAAGAAGAAGAAGAACUUAAUAGACAAACGAGUCAGGCUUCAUUGGAUGUAACAACAGAUCAAGAGGAUGAUGAAGAAGAUGAUGAAGAGCGAACAAUCGAGUUGGGUCCUCAGCGCACCCUCAAAGAACAACUUGAAAAGGAUAAGGAAGAUGAGAGUCUAAGGAGGUGGAAAGAGCAGCUUCUUGGGAGUGUGGACUUGAAUUCUGUUGGAGAAACGUUGGACCCAGAUGUGAAGAUUUUGAGUCUUUCAAUCAAUUCCCCUGGUAGAGAUGCGAUUGUUCUUCCAAUUCCUGAGGAAGGAAACCCCAAGGGAUUAUGGUUUACUUUGAAAGAAAAUAGCCGUUACAGCCUUGAGUUCUCUUUUAAAGUCAGCAAUAACAUUGUAUCUGGCCUGAAAUAUACCAACACAGUAUGGAAAACUGCUGUCAAGGUGGACAGCACAAAAGAGAUGCUUGGGACUUUCAGUCCGCAGGAAGAGCCUUAUAAACAUGAAAUGCCUGAAGAAACCACACCUUCGGGUAUAUUUGCUAGGGGACAAUAUUCAGCAAAAACAAAGUUUUUGGAUGAUGAUAACAAGUGCUACUUAGAGAUCGACUACACUUUUGAUAUUCGUAAAGACUGGGCAUCUAGAUGAAACAAGAGCCACAAGAAUUGUUUGUCCUUGCCAGUAUCUCAAGGUUAUGAUCUCUCGUUCAAUACGUCAACCCUAAAUAUUUCUUCUAUACUACAAACCUGCUUGCACUCUAAUAUGUAGUAAAAUAGAUGCAUACACAUCUUUCUAAUAAGAACAAGCUUAGCUUGUCUAGGUUAUUCAUGUGCUUCUUGUCUACCCUGCAAUGCCUUCAUAUUCAAUCAAUUCCGUUUUCGUCGAAGUCUAAAUCUUUUCUUUUCUGUGAAGCUUUAUAUUGAUAUAUGUAUGAAUGAGACCCAUAUUAUGUGUAGCAGACUUGUAAAAUUUGAAAGCAGAAGCAAUACAGUGGGAAAUGAAUGUCUUUCUGUUAGUCUUAACUUUUUUCUUCUA